AUGAGUCAGCGUAAGGACAGAAAGGAGCAAAUCCCUCCCCCCCAAAUCCCCAAGUGGAAAGGAGAUGUCCAGACAAAACCCCAGAGGUGAGAUGAGGCUCCAUAACUGUCCAUCGUUUGUCUCCACAUCAGAGCUCAGCACUCACAUCACUUCAAUAUCAUUAUUUUCACUCAAAGCUAUGUGUGUGUGUGUGUGUGUGUGUGUGUCUCUGUCUUUACAUCUGCCUGUUGAAGACCAGCGCAGCAGCACAGUCCAGACUCUGCUGCAAGAGGACAUGAACUCAGAUCUGGACUGUACAGUUUGUCUGUUAAGCAACAACAGCCUAUGUCCGAAUCGAAUGAGAGUAAAGAUGGACAACUGUCUGCUAACAAAACGUAAGAAUAUUUACAGCUUUAGACAGCUGUCAUUCCACUCUCCUUUCUUUCUCUGGAUGAUUUGUUGAAUCUGUAGCUUGUAAUAAAAUGUCAGCAGUAAAAGUGGCCAAAUCACUGAGUUUUUGGUAAGCAGACAAGGUAGAAUAACUCUUUUCCACCUACUGUGUUUUUCGAAGAGUUUUCACAUUUCAAAGAGGUUAUUGGUUCCAUAAAUGUGUGUUAUGCAGUUGUAAACUUAUGCAAUGAGAAAAUUAGUGUUGAAUAAUCAUGGUCUCAAUGUCAAUCCAAAUAAUUAUGAUUAUUGCUUUUACCAUGAUCCAUUCGUCUUAAGCUACAUUGUAGUGCAUUUGUUCCACAGAGAUCAGCAGCAGCAGAGAUCACAGGGUCCCAUUGGUCAGUCAGCCCUGCAGCAUCAAGCACAGCUGGACUCCGUAUUUAUGGUGUGUAAAUGUCCAAAAACUGCUUCUGCAGAGUAGACACCAAUUACAUUUGGAUGUUGGUAAAUUAUUUCCAUGUAAGACUGUAAACAUCAUCUCUGCCUGAACUCAGUUUGUGAUUGAUUGGUUGAUUGAAUAAAGCCUUGCAUUUGUUUACCUGUAUUGUCAGAAGUCAGUGGAUGGUGGUCUCACACAGACUCAGAGUAUGACAGAGUGCACACUGAGUUCAGGUUGCAGUUUGACAACAGAAACAUUGAAGUUAACGUUGGUUACCAGCUUCAUCUAGUUAUACAUAACAUCUAAAGUCACUGCAGACCUUUUCUGUAUGAAACCUUACCAGGAUAUUUCACUACUAAGAAAUAUAUUUAACAUAGACAGCUGCACUCUGCAGACCAGCAGACUUCUGCUCUUUCACAGAUGAUGCAAUGACCAGUUUUACAAGUUUAAGUUUACAUUUUGUUCUGUUCCAGGUGCUUGAGGAGAAUAUUAUCAGUUUUGUGAAGAAUGAGCUGAAGAAGUUCCAGAGGGCUCUGAGUUCAGAUCACCCAGAAUGCUUAGACAGUCAGAAGGAGGCUGAAGACAAGGAACAAUGGAAGAGUAGAGAGGCAUUUCUGAAGAUCACUCUGCACUUCCUAAGGGGAAUGAAGAAAGAGGAGCUGGCUGACUGUCUGCAAAGCAGUAAGAAGAUUUGA